ACAGGCCAGCAAUGGCCAUUCAUGACACAAGCAGCACUUCUCUUCUUGUGCUUUGUUUUUUCUUUUUUUCUUUUGGGCGUGCCCUUCUUCUCUUAGUAGGGUUUGUGUGAUACACCCAAGUUCACAUGACGAAGGAAUCCAAGCCGUUCAUCAGGUGGCCCGGCGGUUCUCAUUCAAGAUCUACAUUGCUUAGCAGGUCCCGCAAGGAAGCUAUUGAAACAUCCAACUUCUUCAGGAAGUGUCCUCCACCAUCAAAUUUUAUGAAGAAAAAUUAUGAUACUCGGUGUACAAAGAUGCUUCAAGGAGAAAUGAUUAAAAAGCCGCUCAGCUUGAGACCCAGGCGUUCAUCAGGCAGUAUCCAUCAUGGACAUGCCUUGUCCCAAAAAUCAAGCUGGUCCGCUCAUCAGAUUGGCAUUGCAAGAUCCCGGUCUUCAUCAGGUGGGGUCCAAGGUGAACAAGCCAUGGCUCAACAAUCAGGCCGGUCCACUCACCAGGUUGCGGUAGCUGGAUCUGGGUGUUCAUCUCUUGAACAUGCCAUCCCCCAAAAAUCGGACCCGUCAGCUCGUCAGAUUGGCAGUGGCAGAUAUGAGUGUUCAUCAGGUAGGGUUCAUCAGGAGCAUGCCGUAGCCAAAAAUUCGAGCCCGACCACUCAUGAGGCAACUGUUUGUCAAACGUGUGGCAGCAUGGGUUAUUCUGAACUUCUUGAAUAUUGCAGUAUUUGCAAGAUUUCAGCAGUGCAUUGCUACUGUUCAGAUCAAAUGCCCAUGACUGAUGAAGUAGAACUUAGGUGGGCAUGUGAUGAAUGCAUGUUAACGCAUCCAAAACUACAUUCUCUCAAUUGCUACCGAUCCAACAGCAGGAGGAAAGUGGCGUUUGCCGCUCUUAUUCGACGUUGUUGGAAGAAGAGAGACAACAGAUCAGAUGAAGAGAAAAAACCAUUUAAGAUUGGCUCCAGCGGCAGCGAUUCGGACAUGGUCAAUGGCAAUACAGUUGAAACAAAUGGUUCAUUGAGCUUGCUGGACACAAUAAAAGAUGGCUACGAUCAUGGCGUCCCAAGGACACACAAUGGUGGCCCGGAUCCUGUUUUGGAGAGCGUACAAGCUUCCGACAAAUGCGAUACUUUGGUGAGCAUGCCAUGUUGUGAUGGAGGUAAUCGGAUUAGAACACAGCGGAGAAGGUUAAUACUCGCUGACAACGGAUUGGAUGAAGAAAUAGAAAAUUUUAAGAUUGGCCAGAAUUGCAUUGAUCGGGAUAUGAUCAACAGCAAUCAUGUUGUUCCAAGGACAUGUGAUGGGCCCCCAGAGUUUCAAGAAUAUGAUAGUCAUGUGGGCACUCAGCCGAUCAUCCAUUCCAUAUGGAGGGGAUGGUUUGGGAUUUGUGGUCGUAAUUAUGGUAUGAUAUCAGGCCAUUUAUCGAAUAAAGCAUGUAUUAAAGUCUGCAAAGGCGUGGAACUGUUGAAGCCGAUGCUGACUGUGGAAAUGCUACCAAGGGACGAUGCAUGGCCGAAAGCUUUCAAGCAAUCUGCUCCGACCGAUGAAAACAUUGGCCUCUUUUUCUUUCCUGAAAAUGGACGAGAUGAAUCUGCGUUUGAUCAAUUGUUGUGUGAGAUAAAUGGUCAGGAUCUAGCACUGAAGGUCAUACUUGAAAAAACUGAGCUUUUAAUCUUUUCUUCCCUUUUGUUGCCACCGCAAUGCUCAAGAUUUUAUGGGAAGUGUUAUCUGUGGGGUUUAUUUAAAGGAAGGCAAAAACCUGAUUAUACACUAAAUGAAAAUCUACCCACUGUUAAACGCACUAUUACCAUAGAUUAUGAUGACUUGUUGGAUUUGAUCAGGAGGAAAGUGGCGUUUGCUGCUCUUAUUCGACGUUGUUGGAAGAAGAGAGACAACAGAUCAGAUGAAGAGAAAAAACCAUUUAAGAUUGGCUCCAGUGGCAGCGAUUCGGACAUGGUCAAUGGCAAUACAGUUGAAACAAAUGGUUCAUUGAGCUUGCUGGACACAAUAAAAGAUGGCUACGAUCAUGGCGUCCCAAGGACACAAAAUGGUGGCCCGGAUCCUGUUUUGGAGAGCGUACAAGCUUCCAAUGAAUGCGAUACUUUGGUGAGCAUGCCAUGUUGUGAUGGAGGUAAUCCGAUUAGAACACAGCGGAGAAGGUUAAUACUCGCUGACGACGGAUCGGAUGAAGAAAUAGACAAUUUUAAGAUUGGCCAGAAUUGCAUUGAUCGGGAUGUGAUCAACAGCAAUCACGUUGUUCCAAGGACAUGUGAUGGGCCCCCAGAGUUUCAAGAAUAUGAUAGUCAUGUGGGCACUCAGCCGAUCAUCCAUUCCAUAUGGAGGGGAUGGUUUGGGAUUUGUGGUCGUAAUUAUGGUAUGAUAUCAGGCCAUUUAUCGAAUAAAGCAUGUAUUAAAGUCUGCGAAGGCGUGGAACUGUUGAAGCCGAUGCUGACUGUGGAAAUGCUACCAAGGGACGAUGCAUGGCCGAAAGCUUUCAAGCAAUCUGCUCCGACCGAUGAAAACAUUGGCCUCUUUUUCUUUCCUGAAAAUGGACGAGACGAAGCAGCGUUUGAUCAAUUGUUGUGUGAGAUAAAUGGUCAGGAUCUAGCACUGAAGGUCAUACUUGAAAAAACUGAGCUUUUAAUCUUUUCUUCCCUUCUGUUGCCACCGCAAUACUCAAGAUUUUAUGGGAAGUGUUAUCUGUGGGGUUUAUUUAAAGGAAGGCAAAAACCUGAUUAUACACUAAAUGAAAAUCUACCCACUGUUAAACGCACUAUUACCAUAGAUUAUGAUGACUUGUUGGAUCUGAUGUCCCACCUACACUCAAAAGCUGAUACCAAUUUUGAAGAACAAAUCAAUGGUGGAGAUCACCUGAUACAACGAACCAGGGACCUUGUCCACGAGCUGAGAGUUGGUUAG